CGUCGUGGAGCGUCAGGUUUGGGGAUCUUCCAUUUGUUUCGGGUCCCUUUGCUCGGAGUCAGCGACUCGUCGUUAUCUGCGAGUACAGACAACAUGGCGGAGCAGAACCUGCAGGCCAAGCUGAAGAACCUGCUGAAGCAGGAGAAGGUCCAGCUGUGGAAUCCCCCGUUCACCCAGGAGGACAACCAGCCGGGCGCCACACACCUGCAGGAGCUGGCGCAGCGCUACGCCCCGCUCCUCGGCCUGUCUGUGGAGGAGGUAGGGGGCGCUCUGGAGACCAUCCGGGCUCAGGCGGUGGCCAGAGGGAAAGGCAACCAGACCUUCAGGGAGACCAGCGUGGCGACGCUGGAGCUGCUGCUGCCCAGAGAGGCCAAGAAGGACUUGAAGACGAAGUCCCACCUGGAGACCCGGCUGGACGUCCCAGUGCAGCAGCUGGUGGACAGGAUCGCAGAGGAUUUCAGCCUGAAGCACAUCAAGCUGAUCCUGAACGGCAGAACCCUGCGGCCCGAUCGGCGACUGGACGAGCAGGCCGUGAAGAACCACAGCAAGGUCAUGGUGCUGAAGGUCAGCGACGCAGAGCAGGUCAGCAGGGAGGAGGAGGAGAAGAAGAACCAGAGCCAGAGCCUGCAGCGAACCCAGAAAGGCUUCCAGAUCCUGUCGGAGAGAGACGGCAGCGAGGAUCCAGAGACCACGCCCUUCCUGGAGAUCGCCGACCAGAAAGGAAACCCGCUGAAGAUCCCGCAAGACGAGAAGAAGGCUCUGAUCCUGGCCAUGGGGUUCCAUGAGAAGGGCCGCUCUCUGAUGAAGAGGAAGCAGUUUGACUCCGCCCUCUGCCACCUGCUGCAGGCCGACCAGCACUUCAGUCGGUGCGGCUCGGCGAUGCUGAGCUCCGUCGACAACUACGCCGUCCUGCAGCUGGACAUCGUGUGGUGCUACCGGGCCCUGGAGGCGCUGUCCUGCCUGGAGGACGGGCGCAGCCGGCUGCAGCGCGCCGAGGACUGCUUCCUGCGCUGCUACGGCGAGCAGCAGCAGCGCCUGCUGAUGAUCAAGGGCAACACGGGACGAGAGGAAGUCCUGUUCCUGCGUCUGUACCUGCUGCAGAGCCUGCUGUCCUUCCUGGAAGGAAACGACCGCCAGGCCCGAGUUCUGCUGGCCAAGGUGGAGGACCUGUACGGCCGUCUGGUUCCAGACUCGGAGAAGAUGGCCCAGCUGCUGGUUCUGGGUUUCUCUGAGCGGGAGGCCCGGUUGGGCCUGCGGGCCUGUGGAGGAGACUUGCAGGCUGCCGCCGUCCUCAUCAGCAACCGGCACCAGGAGCGCGAGGACCAGCAGCAGAAGGAGCGCCAGCGGCGGAGGACGAGGAUGGAGGACGUCUCCCGGCUGGUGGAGCUGGGCUUCUCCAGGACGGACGCGGCCAGAGCGCUGCACCGCGCCCUGGGGGACGUGGACAAGGCGUCCGCGAUCCUGCUGGACUCGUCCCAGACAUCCCCACAGGACGCAGUCAGUCCGGAGAAGGUGGAGCAGCUGCUGUACCUGGGGUUCCAGAGGGCCCCGGCUGAAACGGCCCUCAGGUUGUCUGGAGGAGACGUCCAGUCUGCAACUCAGCUGCUGUUGGACAACCAGGGAGUCCUGUCCCCAGACCUGCUGUCCCCGCCGUCCACGUCCUCUUCGUCUUCCUCGCCGUCCUCUGAGGAGGCCGGCACCUCGUCCACCUCCCCAGAGGACAGCCAGCUGGUCAACGAGGUCUUGGAGGACAUUUCCCGCCACGAGGAGGACUACCUGGACCUGACCCUGGAGGAGGAGAGCCAGCUGAUCUCCACUCUGAAGACGUACCUGGACCGGGGCCCGACCCGCUCCGUCUGAGACCGCAUGGGGCCCAAACGGGACCAGAAGGACACGGAUGGAUCCAGCUGUGGAGCCAAAUCGGAUCAGAGACGUUUCAGUUUGUUUCUUUUCAGGCGGGUUGAGGGCGAUGGUUUAGUUUUUCUGAUGAAUCAGUUUGGAGGUCAUCGUCCUGACGGAGGUCAUCGUCCUGACGGAGGUCAUCGUCCUGACGGAGGUCAUCGUCCUGACGGAGGUCAUCGUCCUGACGGAGGUCAUCGUCCUGACGGAGGUCGUCGUCCUGACGGAGGUCGUCGUCCUGACGGAGGUCGGAUCCGUUCUGUUUGAUGUUCCUGUUUGUUUGGUUCUGAUGGACCCGUAAUAAAAAGUUCUGCCUGAAAGUAAGAA